AGUCCUAGUUCUCGGUUGUUGGGGGUGUAUCUUUGUUUCUUUCUCGCUCUCUUUCACCAUGUCUCAUUGCUGUCCUCAAGCCCCCUCUCAAGGAUAGUAGGUACUCGCGGCCUUUCUUGCUGUCGGCGAUCAUCAAGAAUACACGUAGCGCUCCACAUUCCCUCCACGAAGGCUGCAGUCUUUCGACCUUCUCUCGGAUUCAGUUCUCUGUCGAAGUUCGGGAGGAAGUCAAAUCCGUUUUUCCUCCACAGAAUACAUGUCGGCUCGAUGAAGCUCUCCAUUCUCGGGUUGAGUUAGUACAUUCGGUGAAGCGGUUGACAACGGAGUGGGAUAAAGAUAUAUCUCUUAACCUGGCGCCUUGAGGAGAUGGUGUGGCAAGCACUAUGUCCAUCAUAGGUGGCCAGGCUCGCUUUUUGGAUGGAUGGUUGGUAAUGGUGGGGUCCCACUGACUACCAUUCAUUGGCAAGAGAUUCUAUUUGUGCUUGGAGUGCAAACUGAUCGUAUGUUGAUGCUGUGUACUGCACUCAUGCAUGUGAACAAACAUAAAAUGAUUGUACUGCUUUGAAGAAGAAACGUUAUUAGUGGGAAGAUAAUUCAGAGUGAAUCUAGAGCUCGGUGAAAACAAAUUAAUCGAUCAUGAGGACCUUUUACCCCCGAAACAUGGGCCAUUUGAUCCGAAAACAAUCCACGUUGACCGCAGUAAGUGGACCAAAACCGUGGACGGAGAUUCCCGGGCCUCCCAAAAUCCCAUUUCUGGGCAAUUUUCUCUUCAUUAGAGCUCCAGGGAUCGAAUCCAGGCCGUGGAAUACGCAUCUGAUGUUCUCGUAUUUGGGAGAUAAAUAUGGUGACAUGUGUCGGAUUGAAAUCCCUUUGCGUCCACCAUUUGUCAUGCUUUUUACACCGGAAUUGUGCGAAAAAUUAUAUCGAUCCAUUGGACCGCGACCCGUUCGUCCAGGGUUUCUCGCCCUGGAUUAUAUUCGAAAGCGGGAUCCUGUGUUUGAUAAUGCCAAGGGAUUACUGACCUCCCAAGGCGAAGAGUGGCACCAGUUCCGGAGACAGGUCCAGAAGCCCAUGCUCAAUCCCAAGUCCGUCUUGCCCUACACAAAGCACCUGGAAAAUAUUUCCGACGAAUUUAUCGAAACCAUGAUAGCGGAAAAGCUAGAUGACAAGAGGGAGGUCUCGGCCGAGUUCCUGAACGACCUUUACAAAUGGGCUUGUGAGUCGGUUUGCUUGAUUGCCCUAAACACGCGGAUGGGAUGCUUGGAAAAGAAUCUUAGUCCGGAUUCUGAGCAACUCAAAAUCAUUAAUGGCGUGUCCACGAUCUUAAAGACCACUGCCUCUUUGGAUAAUGGGAUCCACGUGUGGAAAUACUUCCCCACAGCCAAAUUGCGAGAGUUUGAAAAUGCCGCCCAAGUGUUCAAAGAGACCUGCUUUAAGCACAUCCACGUGGCUUUGGAAACGAUCAAGGCUCAACCUGAUGACCCCACAGCCGAGAAGACUCUUUUGGAGCAAUUCCACGCCAAAGGCUGUGACGAAGCCACCACCGUGGUGAUGGCCUUGGACAUGAUCUUCGGAGGAAUUGACACCACCUCCCACACCGUGGCCUUCGCUCUCUACAACCUGGCCAUGAAUCCAGAGGUCCAGGAAAAGACUUUUCAAGAGAUCAAGACUGCUCUUCCCAACACGGAUUCCUCACUCCCAGACGCUGUCAGGAAAUUGCCUUACUUAAAAAGUGUGAUCAAAGAGACCUUGAGAGUGAACCCGGCGGCCAUUGCCAAUGCUCGAACCCUCACGGAACCUCUCGAGUUGAAUGGUUAUCUUUUGGAACCCGAGACCAAUGUGGUUCCAUUCCAUUACUACAUGAUGAACAGUGAACGGUUUGUGAAAGAUGCCAAACAAUUCAAACCAGAGCGUUGGUUGAAGGACCAUCCAUUCUAUCAGAAGAUCAACCCGUUCAUGGCUCUGCCUUUUGGCCAUGGAGUCCGGAUGUGCAUCGGGAAGCGCUUCGCCGAGCAAGAAGUUGAGAUCAUGCUGAUGAAAUUGCUCCGCAAGUACAGGGUAGAAUGGCACUAUGGGCCCAUGGAGGUUCGGAUUCACACCCUGGCCUUUCCUCACACUCCUCUGAAAUUUCGGUUUCUGCCACGUUAAAAAAUCUGAGGGCCCUGGCCGUAUCUCCCGCUUAUGCAUAAGAUCUUUCAUCUUCAGUCAUUGAAAUCGUUGAAUUUGCAUGGGAUCUAGUGACGAUAGGCUCGACCGGUAAAGUCUAAAUUACGUGUAAUUACGUGUAAGAACACUUAUUGUAAAUUAUAUCCCCCAAUUGCAAAUUCGUGACCGAAGAGAUAAUGUCAAACAACCUAAAUAUAGAUCUAUAUUGUUAUGAUCGCCCAUGGUCAAGUUCCUGAAUAUAUUCCUUGCACUGUAACUGCACUGUGACGGCAAAAGAAGAUAUAGACUGUCGCUAAUUCUUUUUAAUAAAAACAUCAAUUGAUAUGCAA